UCGGUCAAAAGUCGCCUGGAGCACGCUUUUUGACAUCUUCUGUACCUCUCGCGAUGGCGGAUGGAUUAAAACAAAGAGAAAACUUAUAUAAGCUGAUGAUAAGUCAGCUCAGAUAUGAUGGAUUUGAUGCCAUUGCAAAUAAUUUGGCCAAAGUUGUUAACAUCAUCAGUGCAUGCCCUCCUAUGGCACGACUAUAUGAAGUUGUGAAUCUUGGAAUUCAAGCUGAAACAGAAGGUGUGAGACCCGAACCCACAGUCCUUCCUGGACUAACACCAUCAGUUGAAACAAGCAGAGGAAUUGAUUUGGAGUAUGAACCAGAAGGGAAAGAGGUGAAUGGAGAAUGGCAAAACUCCACUACUGAUGAAUCAUUCAUGAACAAUCUUGAACUUCAAAAAGUAGACCAAGAUUGUGAGAGUGAGCCUGAGGAGAGACCAGAUGAUUCCCCUUUGGCAAGCAUGGUUCUUAAUCACAUUCUAAGAAUAACUUCUGACAAGAAAUUCACAGAGCCUCCCCAAGCGCUGAAGCCCACUGCAGCAGCAGCAGAGUCCUCGAGUGGAAAUGGGCAUGUGCUUGAUACAGAGAGCAUUUGUGAACAAGUUAAACUUGAACUUGUUAAGUAUAAUGUUUCUCAAGAGGUGUUUGCCAAAGCGGUCCUAGGCAAAUCGCAAGGAUAUCUCUCUGAAAUGCUCAAACAUGGUGAGAACUUUUUUCGCCCCCAAGACAAUACACACUACAAGGGUUGGAUGAAUUUUGAGAUCAUGCGACAGUUCCUUCAGAGACCAGAGGCUGAACGCCUAAGGAUUUAUUACCAGAAGGGAGAGGAGUUGAAGAGAGAGAGGAUGAAACGUCGGCAGAUUGAGAUUGGUCUGUCUGAUGAUGCACUCAGGAAAAGAAGACGCUACAUACCUACUGAAGCUAAGGCUGUUAUGGAGGAUUAUUAUCACCGCAGCAAGUACCUUUCAUUGGAGAAGCGCCAAACCUUAGCCAAUCAGCUGGCCAUUCCUGAACAAUGUGUCAGUGAUUACUUCAAGAAUCUGCGAUCCAAGAAGAAACACGAAGAGCGCAUGAAGUGUUUAUUGAAAGGGCUGGAACAUGGUGAAAAACAGCCUGACCAAACAGAUUCUGGGGAUGAAGAUGAAGACAGUAUGGAAAAUGACACCAGUGAACAUCAAGGGUUGUGUUCGCGUAAUAACUCAGCUGAGCAAACAUCUAGUGCUUCAGUCGAAGCUUCCCCACAACCACAUGGUCCUGCUCAAUCUCCAAGUUUAAUACAGUCAUGUGGCAGAAGGUUUAAUAUUUCACCUCCAGUGUCUGCAUCAUCUCAAGCCUUUCAAGCCUCCUCAGAAAGGAAAGUUUCAGAAACUGAUUUAGUGGCAUCAAAAAUUGCUGCUCUGACGCAAGGUCAAAAGUCAUCAAACAGACAGUCUGGUCUCCGAAAUACCCAAUCGCCUUCUGCUAGAAGUAAAGAUAGUGAACUGCAGGUUUCAAGGACACCCACCAGCAGGUCUGCUCAUCGUGCAAGCAGGGAGAGUACUGUACCCUCUACCAGAUGCCUGUCAUCACAGACACCUGUCUCCAGCUCUGAAGAAGUGGAGACAUUUUCGCUUGAUAGCUUGAUUGAUGGUGCCUGCAGUUCUGUCAUGCUCCAGGGGGGGACACCUGAAACUGAUGGACUGGAGGUUGGGCAACAGAUUUAUGUUGUACAUGUUAACAAUCCUGCUGUAACAAGUGUUCAGAAUUGAAGAUUUUCAGGAAGCUGGCAUCUGGAAAUUUUGUUUCAAACUUCCAUAACAUGCAAACUUCGUGAUAUGUGAAGGAGACUACAAUCAUUUAUUAAUUAUUGAUUAAAACUAUUAACAGUUUACAGUUUAGUGACAAUUUAAGUACAAAGUGGCUGUGAUUAACAAAGGAAGAGUUAGGAAAAGAUGGGGUUAAUUCUGUCACUGGCUGCAAUAUUGUUCUGUGAUACUUAAGGCUUUUUUUACAUUCUUCAGUGAGUUUCUCUGUUGCAUUCAAAGUUCAGAAAGCCACUGUAACUUAAGUUCUUGGCUAUACACUAUUUGAAGACCCAGGUAAUCUCAGUUAAGAUGUGGAUACAAUUUAUCACAAAUUAUUAUUUGAAGUUAUAAACAGUGAGAAGUUUUUUUCCUGUAAAUAUAAGAGAGACAAAGAUGACAGCAUCAAGGAACUGGCCAGAGAUGGUUUAAAACUGAAUCGUUUCUUUUGUAAUGUUAUUUUGUCACCAUAACUGCAAUAGCUUUUGGAAUGUGAUCUGUAAAAUAUAUUGAAUGAAAAAUGAAGCACAUAGUAUUGACAAGGUUAUGUAUAGUAUUUAUUAGGCUUUCAUCUAAAGAAAGAUUUUAUCAGAUUUGAAGGAUCAUGUUACAUGGUGCAUUGUUACGAGAAAAUAAAUCGUACUGUAGAGUUGUUUCACCAAGCCAACAGUUAAUUAUCCUAGCUGUGUUGCAUUUAUACCCUGUAGUUUCAAGAGCUGGUGUUCUGAGAUCUUCAGCUGUAAAGAUACUAUGCAAAUUGUUUUACGAGCAUUUCAG